CUUGUUUUAGGCCAUGUCUUAUGACAAUAUGGAGGAAGUGAGGAAGGAAGAGGUGGAAGAUAACACUGACAUCAUCAUGGAGGGGGCUCUGAUAGCCCGGGACAGAGUUGGGGUGCAGGACUUUGUGCUUCUGGACUCCCACACCAGUGAGGCUGCUUUCCUGAACAACCUCCGCAAGCGAUACCAAGAGAACCUCAUCUAUACAUACAUUGGCACUCUUCUUGUAUCUGUCAACCCUUACAAAGAGCUGGAUAUCUACACAGUGACCCAGAUGCAGCUUUACCGAGGGGUGAACUUCUUUGAACUGCCACCUCAUCUAUAUGCCAUAGCUGACAAUGCCUACCGGGUGAUGUGCAGUGAGUACAACAACCAUUUCAUCCUCAUCUCUGGGGAGAGCGGAGCUGGGAAGACAGAGGCUUCCAAGAAGAUCUUGCAGUACUAUGCAGUCACCUGUCCGACUACAGAGCAGCUGCAGGUCGUCCGUGAUCGUCUGCUGCUGUCAAACCCUGUUCUGGAGGCUUUUGGAAACGCAAAAACUCUGCGGAAUGACAACUCGAGUAGAUUUGGGAAAUACAUGGACAUCCAAUUUGACUUCAAGGGAGCUCCAGUGGGAGGGCACAUCCUCAGUUACCUGAUCGAGAAAUCCCGAGUUGUCCAUCAAAACCACGGAGAGAGGAAUUUCCACAUCUUCUACCAAUUAUUAGAGGGUGGAGAGAAGGAUCUUCUCUGCUGGCUUGGGCUGGAGCGCAACCCUCAGAAGUAUGCUUAUCUCAUCCAGGGUCGAUGUGCCAAAGUCUUUUCUAUUAACGACAAGAACGACUGGAAAAUAGUCCGCAAAGCUUUUUCUAUCAUUGACUUCACUGAAAAAGAUUUGGAGCAUCUUUUUGGAAUAGUUGCUAGUGUCCUGCACAUUGGGAACAUUCAGUUUGAAGAAGAUAGCAAUGGACAUGCCAUCAUUCGCAACGGCACUCAGAUCAAGUGGAUUUCAAAGCUCCUGGGUGUCCACUUGUCCAUUCUGCAGGAAGCCCUCACCCAUCGGAAGAUUGAAGCCCGCUCUGAAGAGGUCUUAAGCCCAUUGAAUGUCGAUCUGGCAUUCUAUGCUCGGGAUGCUGUAGCGAAGGCAAUUUAUGGACGGACUUUCACUUGGCUGGUCAACAAAAUCAAUGGCUCCUUAGCCAAUAAGGAUUCAACUCGUAAGACUGUCAUUGGCCUGCUGGAUAUCUAUGGCUUUGAAGUGCUGGACACAAACAGCUUUGAGCAGUUCUGUAUUAAUUACUGCAAUGAGAAACUCCAGCAACUGUUGAUUGAGAUGACCUUAAAGGCAGAGCAGGAGGAGUACGAAAUGGAAGGAAUAGAGUGGGAACCAAUUCCGUAUUUUAACAACAAGAUCAUCUGUGACUUGGUUGAGCAGAAGCAUAAAGGAAUAAUUUCCAUUCUGGAUGAAGAGUGCUUACGGCCUGGUGAAGCAACUGACUUGAGCUUCUUGGAAAAGCUGGAAGAGAAAGUAGGAGACCAUGCCCACUUCGUGACUCGCAAGCUUGCAGAUCAGAAAACACGAAAAUCCAUUGACUGGGUGGAUUUCCGCCUCCUUCACUACGCAGGGGAAGUCACAUACUGUGCAGUCGGAUUUCUGGAAAAGAACAAUGAUCUCCUGUACAGAAACCUGAAAGAGGUGCUGUGCAACUCUAAAAAUGGAAUCAUUAGAGACUGCUUUUUACUGUCAGAACUGGACAGCAGGAGGAGGCCAGAGACUGUUGCAACCCAGUUCAAAAACAGCCUAAUGAGUCUGAUAGAAAUCCUGAUGUCCAAGGAGCCUUCUUACAUCCGGUGCAUUAAACCAAAUGAGAACAAGGAGCCUGGGAAGUUUGAUGAUUGCCUGAUCCGGCACCAGGUGAAAUACCUGGGGCUGAUGGAGCACCUGCGUGUGAGACGGGCUGGCUUUGCGUAUCGGCGCAAGUAUGAGCACUUCUUGCAAAGAUACAAAUCCCUGUGUCCUGCUACCUGGCCACACUGGCAUGGGCCUGCAGCUGAAGGUGUGGAGAGGCUUAUCAAGCACAUAGGUUAUAAGCCUGAGGAAUACAAACUGGGAAGAACCAAAAUAUUCAUUCGUUUCCCAAAGACUCUGUUUGCUACUGAAGAUGCAUUUGAAAUAAGAAAGCACCUGCUAGUUUCAAGACUACAAGCCAAAUAUAAAGGACGCCUCGGGAAGAGAGACUACCAGAAGAAGAGAAAAGCAGCUAUCAAGCUGGAGGCUUGUUGGCGAGGAGUGCUGGCACGGAAGGAGGCCAAGAAGAGGACCUGGGCUGUUGAGAUCAUCAGGAAAUUCAUAAAGGGUUUCAUCAAUCGGAAGAAACCUCUGUGCCCAGAGAACAUUGAGUUUGUGCGGCUUGUGCAGUACAAAUACCUCAUGAAGCUCAGAGACCACAUCCCCAGAAACGUCUUGGACAAGAGCUGGCUCCAACCUCCUUCUAUCCUGGAAGAGAUAUCUGAGAUGCUACAGAAAAUGUGCAUUAGGAACCUAGUACGGAAAUACUGCCAAGGCCUCACUCCUGAGAGGAAAGUGCAGUUACAGCAGAAAGCUGUCACGAGUGCCAUUUUCAGAGGAAAGAAGGAGGGCUACCAGCAGAGCAUAAACCUGCCCUUUGCGGACACACGGCUGAAAGAGACGGAUAUAAACCCCAAAGUUCUGCAGCUCAUACAGGGUGAGAAGGUGAAGUAUGCAGCUCCUGUGGUCAAAUACGACAGGAAUGGUUUCAAAGCACGGGAGCGCCUGCUGGUUCUGACCCAGUCCUCGGCGUAUGUGGUGGAAAUGGCCAAGAUCAAGCAGAAAAUAGACUAUGCCACUUUGAAAGGUAUUUCUACCAGUAAUCUGGGUGAUGGGAUCGUGGUCAUCCAUGUUCCUGAGGACAACAAACAAAAGGGAGAUGUGAUACUUCAGUGUGAACAUAUCUUUGAGACGGUCACUAAGCUCUGCAUGCUGGCCAACAAGCAGAACCUCGUUAAAGUCGUGAAGGGAAGCCUUCGGUUUCGCAUUGGCUCUGGGAAGGAAGGGACAAUGGUGUUCACUGUUGGGCCGGAGCCCCAUGUCUUUAAAGCCAAAGAUGGACAGCUUACAGUGGUGUCAAACCAGGCAAAGUCUUGAUGAGAAACAGUUCCAGUUUCUGGUCAUCAGAAAUGGAAAGGAGCCUGCAGGCUGUGACCAGCACCUGCAGCACCCCUGCAAUCUUUGAUGCCAUAGGGUUGCUGUGACUUGAGAGUUUGCUUGCAUCUUUUAGGUACUUUUUUUUUAUAGCUUAAAACUACUGAGCUGUAUCUAAAUAAAUUCAUCACCUUGCUGUAAUGUUCCAGGAUGCAUAGAUCCUUGUUACAUGCUGUCACAGGGUAUUGUUUAGGUAGCUGCACAAGUAAAAUGUCAAUCUGUGCACCUAAUAACCUGUAGCAGAGCUCUGAAGGAAGGAUUCAAAAGGAAAAGAGUU